AUGAGUGGUGCAUUAACUGUGCCUUUUCCAAUAAUUCUUGGCCACGAAGCAGCUGGUAUUGUAGAGAGCGUUGGAGAAGGGGUGACUUGUGUGAAACCAGGAGAUAAAGUCAUCCCGCUCUUUGUUCCACAGUGUGGCGAGUGUAGCUCUUGCGUAAGCCCCAAGGGCAAUCUGUGCACUACAAAUGACCUUGGUGCAGUUCGCGGAUUAAUGAAGGAUGGCACCACUAGGUUUACCUGCAAAGGAAAACAGAUUCAUCAAUUUAUUAGUACAAGCACCUUCACUGAAUAUACAGUGGUGCACGAGACAGCAGUUGUCAAAAUUGAUGCAGUUGCUCCUCCGGAAAAAGUGUGUCUGAUCGGCUGUGGAUUUUCCACCGGUUACGGGGCUGCCGUCAAUACUGCCAAGGUGGAACGUGGUUCUACCUGUGCUGUCUUCGGUCUGGGAGGAGUUGGCCUCUCAGUUGUCAUGGGCUGUAAAGCCGCUGGUGCUUCCCGGAUCAUUGGGGUUGACAUCAACAAAGACAACAAAUUUGCCAAGGCUAAAGAGUUAGGAGCCACCGAGUGCAUCAACCCGCAGGACUUCACAAAGCCCAUUGAAGAUGUGCUGAGGGAGCUGACUGGUGGUAAUGGUGUGGACUAUUCCUUUGAAGUCAUUGGACGCACCGAUACCAUGACAGCUGCCCUGGCAUCCUGCCACAUGAAUUACGGAACGAGCGUGAUCGUAGGAGUGCCUCCGUCAGCGUCACAGAUCACCUACGAUGCGAUGCUGCUCUUCACUGGACGCACCUGGAAGGGGUCUGUUUUUGGAGGCUGGAAGAGCAAAGAUUCUGUCCCUAAACUAGUUGCAGACUACAUGGGGAAAAAAUUCAACCUGGAUGCAUUAAUAACCCACACUUUGCCUUUCGAUAAAAUCAACGAAGGAUUUGAACUACUGCGGGCAGGGAAGAGUAUCCGCACUGUCCUGGUGUUUUAG